AUGAGUGGCGCUGUCUUGCUGCUGCUCGCUGUCGCUUUCCUGUCGCCAUGUCUGGUGCAGAGUCUCGACGACAAGGACGAUUUCACGGGCAGGAACGGAACCAAGCUGUUCGCAAGUUGCUCGCGGCGACCGAGGACUCUUAUUUUUCCUCGUAUCUCUCAGCUCCUGCUGAUCUUUGGUCUGGGCUCACCCCUGCAACUGGACCGCGAGAGCGUGAUCGUCGGUCUCUUUUCGAAGAUUGUGUACGAGAUGCCUUCCAACGCGUCAGACUUCACCAUUCCAGGAGUCUACUACUCUCGAACGCAGAAGAGCAGGUGGAGCAUUUACAAGGUGCUGGAAAAGGUCGCUGAUCUAUACGGGUUCGGCGGCAAAGCGUGUCUAUUGAAGGCCAUUUGUGAAGCCGCGUCUGCUCCUUUCGACGGGACUCAUGGUUUACUGGGACAGCUGUUGCACGUGUUCUUCAAGCCUUCGAGUACCGACGAGCGGUACGACGAGUACGGGGAUCGGGAGUACCGAGCGGCUGAACGUUUGGGCGAGCAGAUGUCGACGGAAAACUGCCACGCCCUUUAUCCCGAAUGCCGCAGAAGUGUGCUCGACGUAUUUUCCACGGUGAUCACGUGA